AUGGGCACUUCCUCGCCCACUGCGCAGCUCUUCCCUCCAUCAGACCGUGCUGCCGGCCACACCACCCCCGGCCUAGUCGAACGCAACAAUCAGAAUGCCAAGUCGCAGUCGAAGCUGCGUGGAAAAGGCGGAAGGUCUAGGCGAAUGGACGAUUGGUAUGCUAGAGGUUUCACCAGCUGGGUGCAAGAUCCGGAGGACCAAACCACAUUGAUGUGCAUGUCUUGCUCGCAAACGAGCAAUGCUCCCUGUCUGACCAAAAAGACCAAAGCCGCACAACACGAGAGAUCGCUCGCACAUGGCGUAGCAAACAGUCGCUGGCAGGAAGAGGAGGGGCAGAAAGUGCUGAUGGACGUGAGAGAAGAGAAGCAAAGGCUGAAGAGGGAGGUGCAUAAUCAUUCCCGGGAAGCGCUGAAGCUUGAUGAAGGCUGGGAAAGAGAUUAUGAGGUGGAGCUAGACAUCCUUGAGGGCAUCAUACACCGCCAUCCGACUGAUCACACAACAAAAUACCACUGCGCCCCUUGCUCCACAAUCAAUCACUCUUCCGGCAUCUCCUCCGACAUGGACUCUAUCAGCGAUCUGGUUGCGCACUUGAAGACGACAGAGCAUCUAGUUGUCCGCCCACUUUACCUCCAACAGCAGGCCUACGUCGGCGCAGGCCUGUAUGCUCCCAAGGGACCGAAGAAGAAGAAGAGGAAAGCCGCCGAGCGUCUCGGUGACAUCCUUAUCAAGACAGAGGCCGGCCCAUCAACGUCUGCGCCUCCCACCGACCCCAAGUCUACAAUCUCGAGCUCUUCCACCUCGGCCAAACGGUCUGCAAAGUCUCGUCCUCCUGCCGUCCGGCCGGUACAUCACGCAAAUCAGCCUUCAUUCACCAUUCCUACGUCGGCCACCUAUCCCUUUCAAAUCUUACUUCCUCAAUCGCUCAAGGCGAUCCGGCCUCCAUCACCCGGCGUACAUGUGCCAAGCAUUGACGUUCUGCCUACGAUACCCAGCAGGCUGUCUCAUAUUGAGACGAUCAAGCAGCUAGGAGACAAUCUGGACAAAGCGUGGGAGGUGGUUUUGGCGGAUUCAUGA